GCAGGUAGCUUUUAAUAUCAGCUUAACCUACCUUUUGCUUAUUUUAUCUACAUAUAUUCACCCCCUUAUAUAUGUUAUGUAUUGAAUAUUAAGUGUUGGCCCAGAAUGGCUCACAGUGCCAGGAGAGAUUGCCCGGAGCUCCCUGACUUCUCUCUGCUAAAAACGCUGGCCAGAGAUCAUCUCAUCUACCUGCUGGAACAGCUGCCGGGGAAGAAGGACCUCUUCAUUGAGCCUGACUUGAUGAGCCCGCUGGAUCGUAUCGCCAAUGUGUCAAUACUAAAGCAACAUGAAGUUGACAAACUCUACAAAGUGGAAUAUAAACCUGUUAUCAGCACCUCAGAUCAGCUCUGUUUUCUGAUCCGGCCAAGAAUACAAACUGUGAAAUGGAUAUGUGAUGUGGCCAAUGCAGACAAAGCAGCAGGAAAAUGUAGAAGAUACAAGAUAAUCUUUACCCCAAAGAAGUUCUAUUCAUGCGAUGCGGUGCUAGAGGAACAGGGGAUCAUCGGCGAUGUGACCACUGAUGAGUGGUCUUUCUAUCUUCUUCCUCUCGACGAUGACAUCAUCAGUCUGGAGCUGCCGGAAUUCUUCCGAGACAACUUCCUGGCGGGGGACCAGCGCUGGGUGAAGACCGCCGGCAGCGCUCUGCACCUCAUUCACUCGCUCUACGGGCCCUUCUCAAAGGUCUAUGGGAUUGGACGAUGUUCCAAGAUGGCGUACGAGUCGUGGAGGGAGCAGGUGGCAGAGGGAGAGCAGAGAGCUCAAAAGGCUGAAAUAGGAAAAGUGUUUCUCAUCGACAGAGACGUGGACUUUGUCACUCCUCUGUGCUCACAAGUUGUGUAUGAAGGACUCGUGGACGAUAUUUUUAGAAUCAAAUGUGGAUGUGUGGAGUUUGGACCUGAGGUUACCUCGUCUGACAAAAGUAUGAAAGUCAUGCUGAACUCUCAGGAUAAGGUUUUCAACGAAAUCAGAAACGAGCAUUUCUCAAACGUCUUUGGCUUUCUCAGUCAGAAAGCCAGGAAUCUCCAGUCGGCAUAUGAUAAGCGACGGGGGAUGGACAUAAAGCAGAUGAAGACGUUUGUGUCAGAAGAGUUUAAAGGGUUGAAACAGGAACAUCGGCUGCUUAGCCUACACAUCGGUGCCAGUGAAUCCAUAAUGAAGCAGAAAACUAAGCAGGACUUUCAGGAGCUGCUGAAGACAGAACACUCUUUACUUGAAGGAUUUGAAAUCCGGGAAAGCAUUUCUUUCAUAGAGGAGCACAUCAACAGACGGGUUUCUAUGCUAGAAAGUCUGAGGCUGCUUUGUCUUCUGUCCAUCACGGAAAACGGACUUCUGCCAAAAGACUUCCGCUCACUAAAAACACAGUUUCUACAGAGCUAUGGAGUGGACCACCUGCUCACAUUUGCCAACCUGAGGCAGUUGGGGCUGUUGGUGGAGCAGCAGCCCGGGGAGAUGCUGACCGUCAUGGAGAGCAAAGUGGGCAAACUGGUCAACGACAAAACUGCAGGAAAGUUGACUGAUGCCUUCUCUUCUCUUGCGAGGAAGAGCCAUUUCAGAGCCCUGAGCCGAAAGCUCAACCUGGUGCCGAAGUCAGAUGAAGAAUAUGACCUACGUGUCCCCAGAGACAUGGCCUACAUCUUCAGCGGGGCCUACGUCCCUCUGAGCUGCAAGCUGGUGGAGCAGGUGUUGGAUCGGGACGGCUGGACUGGUCUUGAAGAAGUGACCAAGCUGCUGAACGGGCAUGAAUUUGCUGUCACAGGCAACAACGGAGCCGAUUCAAAAGCAAAGAGCGACGCUCAGCGCAUCGUCCUCGUCAUGUUCCUCGGUGGCUGCACCUUCUCUGAGAUCUCAGCCCUACGGUUCCUCGGCAGAGAGAAGGGUAAACAUUUGUCUGCCAGUCAUCUUCUGAUGGUUUCCUCCCUUUCGUCUUCAUUCUUCCUGUUUGUGCAGCUGUUGCUUGGAGUUUCACUUCUUCUGUUGUACCAGUUAAUCUCACGGCCUUAUUGUAUUCUCAACUGCUCCUAAUGAUUUCUCAGGCUACACAUUUUUAAGAUUUGGGGAAUUUUUAAAUAUGUUUAAGAUAUUUGCUUGGAUGGUGUGAUUUGUAGUUUAUUCUUGCACUUUUAAGAUAUUCAUAUCAGAAUACUUUGUUUACCCCAGGGGAAAAUGGGUUUUGUUACGGUUUGAAAUAAAACCAUUUUAAAAUGAAAGAAAUAUUGAGAAAAUAAUUAUACAAAUGUAAGAAGUUACAUUAAGAAUGUGUAAUACAAGGAUACAAUACAAUUAAGAUAUUUAAAAUGCGAUCAAAAUCAACAUGAUGGUGGUUUACCAGCAGAAACCUUACACCCCUUCUUGUGUUUCUCUUAAUAACAUUACGAUAAAGAAAUAUUAAACUUACAUUAAACUGCAACUAUGCAUUCAAAUCUUACGAAUACUUUUG